GUCAAAUCUAUUUCAGUAAAGCUUACGAGACGAGCUUAUAGAACCGCUUAUAAACGAAAUAAUACAUUAAACUUAUUGCAACCACGUUUAAUAGGAAACAGUGCGUGACUCUAGUGGAAACUGUGAAGGAUGUGCACCAAAACGAUACUUUAACAUGUUAAUAAUAAGAGUGAAUUUCCAAAAUGCAGCAUUGCGCCAACGAAUCGAUUCGAACGUUCCCUGAUGCCAAAUCCAGUAUUUAGUGUAAAAUAUACACACAAUGGAGCCCUUAAUAGACAGGAACAACUUCGCUAUAAGCGCUAUGGUGACGGUCGCGAUGCAGAUCCUGUUCUUCACCAUAGCCUCGUUGUUCCAGAACGAUAAAGUGACUGACUUCACUGGCGGGGCUAACUUUAUUAUUAUAGCCUUGCUGACAUUCUUCCUCGGGCAAGGAGGCUCCCACCUCAAGAGUUACGACAGCCGCCAGCUCAUGGUGACUGCCUUCGUGUGCCUCUGGGGAGUCAGGCUCUCUGGCUACCUCAUUUACAGAAUCUAUCAUAUAGGUAGAGAUAAGCAAUUCGAGGAUCGUAAAAGUAAUACUCUGAGGUUCGCAGUGUUCUAUACGUUUCAGGCAGUCUGGGUAUACAUAGUAAGUUUACCAGUAAUUAUAAUGAACUCGCCGCAUCAUUCCUUCCCCAAGUCUCCGAAGACAAUGACGACACUGGACUCAGCUGGCGCCGGAAUAUUUGUCACCGGAUUGUUGAUUGAAACAUACGCAGAUCUACAGAAGUUUGCAUUCAGACAGGAGCCAGCCAACCAAGGCAAGUGGUGCAAUGAUGGCCUCUGGGGACUGUCGAGACAUCCGAACUACUUCGGAGAAGUAGUGCUGUGGUGGGGAAUAUUUGUCAUAUCACUAAACGUAAUUAAUGGCAUCGAAUGGAUCGCGAUCCUAUCUCCAUUAUUUACGACGGCGAUCAUAUUGUUCUUAUCUGGUAUACCGCUCCUCGAACGAUCGGCUGACGAAAAGUACAGAGAUAACCCAGAUUAUUUGUAUUACAAAGCGUCGACUUCGCCCCUGAUACCGAUUCCACCAGCAAUUUAUGUGGAAGUGCCACGAUUCUUGAAGUUCGUUUUGUGUUGCGAGUUCCCCAUCUACGACUCGACCACUGAGGAGUUCCCCGCGCCUACUAUUGUUACGGAGACAACCAGCAUUUCAAUGGUGCAGUCUCAGACAUAGCUAACAAACGCCGCGCGCG